AUGAUGCCGCGUAGGGGUCUUCUGGCACGGCUGUCCCGUGUUGGAGCCAUGCUGGUGGUUCUGUGUUGCUCUCUCUCUCUCCUCUACGUCAUAACCUGCGGCCCUCACAAUGAAGACUCUCUUGUGGGCAAUCCGCUGCCCCGGGCUAGUGGAGGGGGUGGAGGUGGAGGUGGCGGAGGGGUGGGAGGAGGAGGUGUGGUGGGAUCGAGUGGCCCGGGUGGGGCGGGAGGGGCUCCCAGCGGGCCAGCGGGGCGAGAAGGCUACCAUGCUCUCCUGCAGGAGCGGGAGGAGCAGCACCGUCAGCACAUUGCCAGCCUAAAGAGGCAGAUAGCCCAACUGAAGGAGGCGCUACAGGAGCGCAGCGAGCAGCUCAAGGGCGUUCAGGACUCUUUGGAACGGGCUGAAGCGGCCGACAAAACGGGGGCUUUACCCGGAGGUGAGGAAGGAGCCGAACGCAACCACGCAGACCUGCAGGAAUUCCUCCGUAGCCAGCUGGGGAGGGCAGAGGUGCAGGCGGGCGUGCGUCUCCCCAGCGAGUACGCGGUUGUGCCCUUUGAGAGCUUCACUCUGCAGCGUGUCUAUCAGUUGGAGAUGGGGCUAACACGGCAUCCGGAGGAGAAGCCGGUGCGUAAGGACAGACGUGAUGAACUGGGUGAGGUGGUGGAGAGUGCCCUGCAGGCCCUGAACGCACCCCGUGACAGAGGAGACAAAUCCACAGCCAGCAAGGUCUACGCCCCGUCUGACUUCAUCGAGGGCAUUGCUCGGACAGAGAAGGACAAAGGCACGCUGUAUGAGCUGACGUUCAGAGGGGAACAGAAACAGGAGUUCAGGAGGUUGGUGCUGUUCCGUCCGUUUGGACCGCUCAUGAAGGUGAAGAACGAGAGAGUGGACACAGCUGCCACGCCCAUCAACAUUGUGGUUCCCCUGUCUCAGAGAGCUGACAAAUUCAGACAGUUCAUGAACAACUUCAGGGAGGUGUGUGUGAAGCAGGAUGGGCGGGUACACCUCACCGUGGUGUACUUUGGCCGAGAUCAGAUGGAUGAAGUCAGAGGAAUCUUGGAGAACACAUCCAGGGAGAUGAAUUUCCGCAAUUUUACACUGAUUCAGCUGAACGAGGAGUUCUCCCGUGGCCGUGGGCUGGAUGUGGGUGCCCGUGCCUGGAAGGGUGGGAACGUCCUGCUGUUCUUCUGUGACGUGGACAUAUUCUUCACUGCCGACUUCCUCAACACCUGUCGGCUGAACGCUCAGCCAGGCAAGAAGGUGUUUUAUCCCGUUCUCUUCAGCCAAUACAACCCGGCGGUAAUCUAUGGCGCUCACGACCAUAUCCCCCCUAUAGAGCAGCAACUGGUCAUUAAAAAAGACACUGGGUUCUGGAGAGAUUUUGGUUUUGGAAUGACAUGUCAAUACAGAUCAGAUUUCAUCAAUAUAGGUGGCUUUGAUGUGGACAUUAAAGGCUGGGGCGGAGAAGAUGUUCACCUCUACAGAAAGUACCUUCACAGUAACCUUCUGGUGGUGCGGGCUCCCUCUCGCGGGUUGUUCCACCUGUGGCACGAGAAGCACUGCGCGGACGAGCUGCCACCGGAGCAGUAUAAGAUGUGCAUGCAAUCCAAAGCCAUGAACGAGGCGUCUCACGGCCAGCUGGGCAUGCUGCUCUUCCGCCACGAGAUCGAGGCUCACCUCCGCAAGCAGAAGCAACGUCAAGGUGCCAAGAAGACUUGAGAGAAACACACACGUAACAUACAUGCCAUAGACACACAAAUAGGAGAGAACAAAAGAGAGAAUGUAGCUCAUUCUGAAUCUAGGGACCACACACUGGAAUC